ACUUUAUUAGUUUGAAACGUCGUUUAACAUGAACUUCUUCCAAAAGAAGCUUGCAAAAGGUACAAAAAUAGCACUUUCAAGUCACUAAAAUUGGGUUUCAGGCGAUUUCUUUAAAACACUCAAAUUUAUAGCAUCUGACGUGUUCCAAUCAAAAGCCGUUAAAAUGGUUCUCAUUUUGCUUUUCUUAAUUCAUGCCAUUAUUUACCUUUUGACAAUUUAUUUCCUUCUGUAUGUUUUGGAGCCGAAACAGUUCGUAAAUUAUGCCACUGUGUUUUUCGCCGAAUUUUAUGUAAGUACUCUUAUGUGGAACAAGCGAAAACAGCAAUUUUCAGCCAAUGCUCGCUAUUUUAACCGUUAUACUCAAAGGAAAAAUCAUCGAAAAUCUAGCAGACGAAAUCAAAAUUUGGGCGAUAGAGAAUGCCAGCAAAAAUUUACAGUCCGAAAUCAAUCUCAAGAUAAAAAUCAUAACAACAUUUGUAAUUGUUAAUACGUUGAUUGCAGUAACGGGAGGUUUUCUCUACAUGCACCCAUUACCAGAGGAUGUGCAUUUGUUUUUUGCUUUGCGUUUAAUUCGCGAUUAUUUUCCAAAUCACUAUACCAGUCUUGAAUUUUUUUAUAGAAUGAGUUUCCCAAUUUUCGCUUAUUUGAUGACCACUCACGCCAAUCAAUUCCUUUAUUACACACAACACAUCAAUUUCCAAAUAAAAAUGUUUAGGGAAGUUUGUCUUGAAGUCAAGGCAUGGAAAACCGUUUCGCCAUUCGAAAAUCAUUUAUUUUACAACAAGAAAUAUCAAACAGAAAUAGAACAAAGAUUGAAGUUUUGCAUUAAAAGAUCGCAAGAGUUCGUCAAAGUAAGUGUUUAUAAAAACAAAGAAAUUGCGUCGUUUAUACCAGGAUUUGCCAUUUGUGGACUACUUUUAGGAAUAGGUUUAGUGUUUUUCUUGUCAAAUGGAAAAAUUACUUCGGAAUAUUAUUUGCGUAUGGGUUUUACUUCACUAGGUGGAGUUACAACAUUUUUGGCCUUGACAAGCGACAUAGAGAGGGCCAUCAAUGAAAUAAGAUGGUACAAUUUCAAUCAAUCCAACAAAAAAAUGUACCUAAUUUUAGUAAUGAAUACAAUGAGAGAACGCAAAAUUAAAUUCACUGAAAAAUACUCCGUUAAUUAUCGACUUGGACUGGCUAUUGUGAGAGGUAUUUAUUCGGUCAUAUCAGUAGUUCUAUCAAAACAUCAACACUAAUAGUUGGAAGAAUUAUUGUAGAAAAUUGCUACUUUCAAAAAUAAAAAACCCCUGUGGAAUGAUAAUUUGAUUACUUUGGAGGAGCAUUUUUCCCAAAAACAGUGAACUAAAAUCGAACUACAUACCUGAAUAAAAUAAAUAUUUCAUUUACAUGCGUAUCUAAUGAUUCAGAUACAAAGCAACCACCUGAUAUUUUACUUAUUACUCUAAUUCGAUUGUUUCUAAUAUUAAACAAUUAGUAAACAUUUAAUCAAAUAAUCAAUCAUGACCAGUCUGACAAUUGGUUCAAUAUGAACUACAAAAAACAGUUUGCUAAAGGUGCAAAGUCAAAAUGCAACCCUUUGUCGUAACUCAACUGUGUUUUAGACGAUCGGCUCAAAACACUCAAAUUAAUGGCCUCUGAUGUUUUCCAGUCAAAAACCGUUAAAAUUAUUCUCACAGUUGUGUUCUUAGUGCACUUUAUUGCAAAUUCACUAACAAUUUAUUUCGUUCUAUACGUUUUCGAAACAAAAUUGUUUAUAAACUACGCCUCUGUAUUUUUCUCCGAAUUUUAUGUGAGUAUUUCUUGUAUAAAACAACCAAAAAAUGCGGAAUUUCAGCCAAUGCUUGCUAUUUUAACCAUUAUAUUCAAAGGAGACGUCGUUCAAAAUUUAACCGACGAAAUAACAUUUUGGACGAUAGACAGUGCAAGCAAAAACUUACAACACGAAAUUAAACUCAAAAUAAAGUUCUUGACCGCAUUCGUAAUCAUUAAUUCGUUUACUGUAGUAAUGGGAAGUUUCUCUUACGUACAACAAUUGUCCGAUGAUGUGAAUUUGUUUUUAGCCAUACGAUUAAUUCGUGACUAUUUUCCAAAUCACAGCACCAUUCUUGAAUUUUUUUACAGAAUGACUUAUCCAAUUUGUGGCUACUUGAUGGCUGUACAUGCCUAUCAGUGCCUUUACUACACACAACACAUCAACUUUCAAUUACAAAUAUUCACAGAAGUUAUUACUGAACUCAAAAAUUCGAAAACUAGUUCACUACUUGAAAAUCAUUUAUUUUACAACAGGACAUAUCAAACAAAUACUGAACAAAGAUUGAAAUUUUGCAUUAAAAGAUCGCAAGAGUUCAUCAAAAUAUGUGUAACUAAAAACAAAGAAAUCGGUUCAUUGAUACCUGGAUUUGCAAUUUGUGGACUUUUUCUAGGAAUAGGUAUAACAUUUUUCUUGUCAACUGGAACAUUUACUACGGAAUAUUAUUUACGUAUGGGCGUGACUUCAAUUUGUGGAGCAACGACCUUUUCGGCCCUGAUAUGGUCAGCACAAACUACCGAAACUAUGGUAAAAAAAAGAAAAAGCGAAACUAGAGUAUGUGUAACUAAAAACAAAGAAAUCGGUUCAUUGAUACCUGGAUUUGCAAUUUGUGGACUUUUUCUAGGAAUAGGUAUAACGUUUUUCUUGUCAACUGGAAAAUUUACAACGGAGUAUUAUUUACGUAUGGGUGUGACUUCAAUUUGUGGACUUACGACGUUUUCGGCCCUGAUAUGGUCAGCACAAACUACAGAAACUAUGAUAAACGAUCUAGUAAUGGUUAUCAAUAAAGUAAGUUGGUACAAUUUCAACCAAUCCAAUAAAAAAUUGUAUCUAACUUUUUUGUUAAACACAAUGAAGGAACGUAAAAUCAAGUUCACUGAAAAAUAUUCCGUCAAUUACCAACUUGGACUGGCCGUAUGUUUUUUCUUUAGUUUUACAGAACAUUUCACCGUCUUUUCCAGAUUGUGCGAGGUAUUUACUCGGUCAUAUCAGUGGUUGCAUCAAAACGUCAUCACUAAUCGAGUAAUAAACCAUUGUAAUAAUUUUACGUGUGUAAAUUUUACUACGUAAUAAAACUCAUCAAGUACAA